UCCUUCAUUCCCUUUUCCUUCUCUGUUGCAGCACUCUUCAUCUUCCUCGCCUCUCCUGUCCCUCCUGCUUUCUCUCUCUCUCUCUGCCUCAUACUCUGCUGGCUUGGUGGUUUCUCAAAAAACAUUUUUUGAGGAUGUGAAGAGGGAAAGACUGAGUGAGCUGCAGCAUGCAGAGCUCUCUGUCCUCUCAGGCCAACGCUUCCCCCUCUCCUCCAUAAUCUAUCCCUUUUAUAUGUCCUCUCAUCCUUUCCUCGAGGAACACGUCUUCUGCAACGACAUGUAUUCCCUGGAUGACUUCGGCGAGCAGAGCAUCUGCCAGGCGCGGGCCUCUGUGAUGGUCUACGAUGAUGCCAGUAAGAAGUGGGUGCCCAUCAAGCCGGGGCAGCAGGGCUUCAGUCGCAUUAACAUCUACCACAACACUGCCAACAACACCUUCAGAGUGGUGGGGGUUAAACUCCAGGACCAGCAGGUUGUUAUUAACUACUCCAUAGUGAAGGGUCUAAAGUACAACCAGGCCACCCCGACCUUCCAUCAGUGGCGGGACGCUCGGCAGGUCUAUGGGCUGAACUUUGCCAGUAAAGAGGAGGCCACCACCUUCUCCAACGCCAUGCUGUUCGCCCUCAAUGUCCUCAGCUCCCCGGACAGCGGAGGUCCUGUAGUUCAGCGCCAAAACGGUCCGUCCUCAGAAGAAAGCGAAGCACAGAGGAGGAUGAUGGAGCAGCAUCAGAUGCAGGCGCACAAGGAGAGGGAGCGGCGGACGUCGGGAUCAGUCGUUUCCACCCUCCAGUAUAAAGUGUCCACCCCUCCCACCCACCCAGACACUCCUCCCGAGUACAGACAGUUCAGGGCUAGCACACUGCCGCCCUCCUACGUCCGCGUGGCCUCCUCCUCCUCUCCUCCCUCCUCUGUGUCUCCCUCCCAGGAGAGGGAGGUGGGGGGUGGGAGGGACAAGGCCCAGCUGUCCUCUCAGCUGUCCACCUCGCUCGCCUCGGCCUUUUCCCCAGUCCAGGCCGGAGUGAACACCCAGGGCCGACAGGUCCGUCAGAUCCCCCUCUCCCCUCCCACAGCGGCCCGCCACCUUCAGCAACAGCAGCAGCAACAAGAAAUCCAUCUCCCCCCCAAACAUGGCACCUGGUCUGCCUCCCACAUGCAGCAGAUGUACUCCCAGUGCCCCCAACCCUCCUCCUCCCCUCCAGUAAUGAUGCCCAUGCCUGUAAAGCAGGGUUUACCCCCUCAGCCAGUCCUCCCAGUAGCUCACCCCCUUCCACCUGUCAGCACUAGGAUGAAGCCCCCUCCCCUUGACCCUCCCACUGCUGGGGGCCACCCUCAGUACCCCCAGCAGCCACCCCACCCUCACUCCAACGGCCAGUCCGACGAUUCCUACUCUCCUCUCUCUCAGCAUCUCCCGCUCACACCGCAGUACUGCGAGGCAAUCCCCCUCCCCCCUCUGAUAGGUCAGUCAGGACCUGGCCCCGCCCCCAACUACCAGAACCAGUUAAGCUUCCACUCUCAGCAGCAUCUACACCAGCAGCAGCACCACCAGCAGGCUCAGACCCCCACCACCACCACCUCAUCUUCCUCUUCCUCCUCGCCCCCCUCUUACACUGCCAUGUCAGACGGGGGCUCUCCCAAGAAGACCCCCUCCCCUGUCCCCCAGCCGGCCCCCGCGGCCAGCAGCAGUGGCCCUGUCUCUGCAGGUCACCCUGCUAUGCUCUCUGUGGCUCCGCCUCCAGCUGCGGCUCCAGCACCCAUGGCCGGUCCGCCAGCUCCGCCACCGCCCCCAGGUCCUCCCCCUCCAAUGGCGGUGCCUCCACCUAUGCCCCCUCCUUUGCCCACCGGUGGAGGGCCACCUGGGGGCCCACCUGGGGUCCAGCCUUCGGGACUUGCUGCAGCUCUCGCUGGAGCCAAAUUACGGAAAGUGCAUCGGGAUGAAAGCAGCCCGCCUGGUUCUGGGGGUAAAUGUGACUCCAACCGAUCAAGCGGGGGCAGCGGUGGCGGAGGAGAGGGUCUAAUGCAAGAGAUGAAUGCCUUACUAGCUCGCAGGCGAAAAGCUUCAGAGAAACCGGAUGAGGAUGAUUCUGGUGGUCGAGGGGCAGGUCAGCAGAACUCUACAGAUGCCCUGAAGAAACCGUGGGAACGCUCCAACUCAGCAGACAAGUCCUCCCUGGUGUCCAGAGUGAGACCUGUCGGCAGCGCUGGUGAGGCUGAUACAGAAUUCGACCGGAUGAAACAGGAAAUUUUGGAUGAAGUUGUGCGUGAGUUACACAAGGUGAAAGAUGAAAUUAUUAACGCCAUCAGACAUGAAAUUGGCAGAAUCGGUACGUCCUAAUCUCAUCCGAGGGCGUCGGAUGAAGGAGUAAGAGGGGGGCGGGGCUGGGGGGUGGGGGUCAGGAGGAGGACGGACACGCAGAUGCACAGACACGAGGACCAGGGAAUGUUCUCUCAAUGUUUCUGUGACCUCGCGACGCCACGGUGCAAGUUGCAGAGACGUUGUGCCAACAUUUAAGUCUGCUGGACAGCAACACGGAGACAGAAAUAAACAAAGGAAGGAUUUCCAUGAAGGAAGCUGAAAGACUGAUGUUCCGAUUAAUUUAAAGAAAGGAGGAAACAUGGACUUAAAGCUGAAUUGAAGAGACAUUUGUACUGAGUUUGGUGUUGUGGUCCUCUCUGUGCACCUAGACUCAGUCAGCCCAGUGUUGCAGCUUCUUUUGUCUCUGUUGAGUCUUAUGAAGAAAAUAUUUUUGUUUUCUAAGUUUUUACUGUUUUAUUAUUUAAAACUGUGGUGAUGAUGAUGACGCUGUUGACGACAAUGAGUUAUAGAUGGUAUUAGAGAAGGACAAAGGAAUCUUGCACACCGUUUCUGUCAGCUUUUUAUAUUUUCUAUGGCUGCUUCGGUUCGGUUUCUCCCUGACCAUUUCAUGAGAACAAGCACAACAUGGGCAGAGCUGCAGAUGCAGACCCACUGGCCCUCAAAUGGCAUAUUUAAAACAAAAAAAUGAAGGAAAACAUUUUUCUAUUGUUGCUCAUACUGGUGUUUUAUGUCUAAUCUUUUCUCUCCAUAGAUUAAAAAAACCUUCCAUCUCUCUUGAGGCAGAAUGACAUUGAAGCAUUAUAAAUUGAAGUGCAGUCAGCAUACAGCUCCAGUGUGAUGGAGGAACACGUUGGGGAUCGUUCAUGAAACAGGCUGAGUGUAAAUGCCACCCUGUUUUACCUAUGGAACGCUGUAUUCUCUAUUAUUCAUCUUAUGCUUUGUGAACCUCCCAGUAUGCAUGAAACUCCCCAGUCUAUUUGUUUUCUAUUUGGUUCAAAACUUAAUUAAAAAUCUAUAUAAAUGGUGGUACAUUUAUUAUAGUGGUUUGUUUCCCCUUUAAAAAAAAUGCAAAGAGUCUAGCUCAGCGUUUGAGUUUGAUCUGGAGAUGAAUGUCCUGAGGAAGUUUCAUGAUGAAGGUCUAUGUGAUGGUGGUUUAACGUGUUUCUGCAGGAGGGAUCUGGAUUAAAAACUAUUUGCUGGAUUCUGUCCACUCUCGACUCGUUCUGAUUUAAAAAAAAAAAAACUGGAAUUAAAUUUAUUCAAACAAAA